CUUCCUUCUCAUUCAUGUCUUCAUUCUCAAGAAAAACUAGGGUUUUAGCAGAAAAACCAGUUCUUCAACGGAGAAAAAGAGAGAGAAAGAAAAAAAUGGCGACGAAAUCCCUGAUUAGAAACGGGGUUCUGUUGAUGAAUCGAGUGUUCGCGAAUCAAUUUCUCAACUCGAACCCGAUUAUAAACAAUCGGGUCGUGAAUCAAGGCUUGCAAAUCACUCCCCAGCUAUUCCCAUCUCUCUCGAAGACUAAACCCUCUCUCCAUUUGACUCAAAACGACGCUGAUUCUCUCUCUCAAGUCUCUUCUAUGGGGUUUCUUUAUCCCACUGGCCUCCCCUCUCUCCGCUUCCUCUUGCCCGAUGAUACUCUUUCUAACUAUGCAUUUGAUUGCUUUGAAAUGAAGUGGGAAAAUUUAUGCAUUUCUUAUUAUUGUUCCGGAGAUUCAUCAAGUGAGCCAAUGCUCUGUUUCCCCAAGAGAACAUAUCAGCCUAGUACCAUCUGGCGCAAAAGAAAUCAUGGAUUUUUCGCUCGCAAGGCAACAAAGGGUGGCAGAAGACUCAUCACUCGAAGAAUAGCAAAAGAUAGAUGUAUGCCAACUAUUAGAUUGUCUUUUCGGUGCACAAACACUUGCAAGUUUCUACAUCAGCAGGUCUUCUACUGGGGGAAACUCAGUCGUUGGCUAACAACAUCGAACGCGGUCAGACCAAUUGCUAGUGAUGGAACAACCUGCAACGGGGUUAAGAUUAUGUCUUGCAGAUCAUGUCAAAGAACUUAACAAAGGGUGAUGGAUAUAUUGAAAACACCUUUAUAUAGUUAAUGCAUAAACCUGCAUACAAUUGUCUCCAUCCUUGAUCAUGGACAAUGGAUUUAAAAGUUUCAAUGCUGUUUUUGUAUCU